AACAUCAAGUCCAAGACCGUUAAGCCAAAGCUUUCUCCCAUUCCUCUCCACGUCUUUGAAAUCCUAACCAGACCCUUUAUAUAUAUAUACAUAUAAUAUGUUAAUUCAAACCAAACCAGUUUUUGUCAUCUCAAGAGACGAGCAAACUCAAAACAAAGGCAACAACUAUGUUUCUUCAUCCCUGUCUCUGCUCCCUUCUCCUUCUUCUUCUUUCUCCGCUUUCCUCUCGUGCAACAAUUCACGGCAAUUCUUUGCCAGAGACCCGUGCCGAAAAGCUCAUCAGAGAGCUCAACCUGUUUCCCAAACAUGGCAUCAACACAGGCAGGCAUGGUCCAUUGAUGGUUGAGAAGCCUCUCAGUGUUCCUGUGCUUGGUGAUCCCGGGACUUCCAUCGAGGACUUGGGCCGCCACGCCGGCUAUUAUCGGCUUCCUCAUACUAAAGAUGCAAGGAUGUUCUAUUUUUUCUUUGAAUCAAGGAGCAACAAGUUUACAGACCCUGUAGUAAUAUGGUUGACUGGAGGGCCGGGCUGCAGUAGUGAAUUGGCUCUGUUCUAUGAAAAUGGUCCUUUCCAUUUAACCAAAAACUUGUCUCUUGUAUGGAAUGACUUCGGCUGGGACCAGGCAUCGAACCUUAUAUAUGUCGACCAGCCAACUGGAACCGGUUUCAGUUACAGCUCGGAUCCCAGUGACAUUCGCCACGAUGAAGAGGGUAUCAGCAAUGAUCUAUAUGACUUCUUGCAGGAAUUUUUCAAGAACCAUCCGCAAUAUGUAAUGAACGACUUCUACAUAACUGGAGAAUCAUAUGCUGGCCACUACAUUCCUGCAUUUGCGUCCCGGGUUCACAAGGGAAACAAAGCGGGAGAAGGAAUUUUCAUAAACCUGAAGGGAUUUGCUAUUGGAAAUGGACUGACAGAUCCUGGAAUCCAGUACAAAGCAUACCCUGAUUACGCUUUGGACAUGAAACUAAUAACCCAAUCUGAUGCAGUAAACAUAUACGGAUUGAUUCCACCAUGCGAACAGGCAAUAAAAAUUUGUGGCGAUAAGGGAGGCAACGCUUGCGCAGAUGCGCGCGAUUCUUGCAACGCCAUUUUCGACAAGAUCAUGGAUAUUGCUGGCGACAUCAACUAUUAUGAUAUCAGGAAGAAAUGCGAAGGAGAGCUGUGCUACGACUUCUCGGCCAUGGAGAAGUUUCUGAACCAGCAAAAUGUUCGAGAUGCUCUCGGCGUUGGGGACAUCGAAUUCGUUUCGUGCAGUUCAACAGUGUACCAGGCGAUGAUCGAGGACUGGAUGAAGAACCUCGAAGUUGGGAUUCCUGCUUUGCUUGAAGAUGGAAUCAAGAUGCUGAUCUAUGCCGGGGAAUACGAUCUCAUAUGCAACUGGCUCGGCAAUUCGAGAUGGGUUAAAGAGAUGAAAUGGUCUGGCCAGAAAAACUUCACGGCAUCUCCGACGGUUCAGUUUCUGGUCGAUGGAAGAGAAGCAGGGCUGAUGACGAGCCAUGGCCCUCUAACAUUCCUCAAGGUUCACGACGCCGGCCACUUGGUUCCGAUGGAUCAGCCGGAAGCUUCGUUGGAAAUGCUCAAGAGGUGGACGAAAGGCCAACUCUCUGUGCCCAAGGCUAAAACACACAGGCCGCUUCCUCCCAUAUGAAGUACACAGCUUGCACCAAACCAAUUAAGGGCGCGCAGCCGGCAUUGAAGUAGCUUGAAUCAACAAACACUGAUUGAUGAUGAUCCCGUAUAUAUGGAAUGCAUGACAGUAACCAAAUUCCAACCCAGUAGAAACAUUGUUCAUGCAAUUGCAACAGGAAAGUUUAAAGCUUUUGUUCAACAAUCAAAUUAAUGCAACAGCCAAUAAUCUCCAUUCUCCACAAUAAUAUUUUUGUUAUGCGGC